AUGCCUCUGAAAACCAAGGAAAUCAAGGACUUUCUGCUCACAGCCAGGCAGAGGGAUGCCAAAUCUGUCAAGAUCAAGAAGAACAAAAAUAAUAUGAAGUUCAAAGUUCGCUGCAGUAGGUACCUUUAUACCCUGGUCAUCACAGACAAGAAGACUCAGAAAUUGGAGCAAUCUCUCCCACCUGAACUGGCAGUGAAGAAGCUAAAAUGA